CACCUACCCCCCGUCAAACCACAGGAAGGAGGGGCCAAGCCAAGCUGCCAAUCAACCUCACUCGUGGCAGCCGGCAUUAUCUCUGCUACAAACUAUUGACAGAUUACAUGUCAAGGAGUUUAGUACAUGAUUGAGAGCAGAAAAGACGCUUAUUGUCAACUUCUUUUAGUUUUCCUUUUCUCACAGACCAGCUUACAUCUGAUGAUUUUCAAACAGAGUUCAGUAAUAUUAUGAAAGUUACAUGCUUGACAGGAUUUAACUUCGACUACCCUGAAUAUGCUGAGAGGAGUUUAUGCACUGAAAAGACCUCAGGAAAAUCCACAAUGGCCGCCAAAAGGAAAGGUGGCCUAAAACUGAAUGCGAUCUGUGCCAAGCUUAGCAAGCAGGUGGUGUACGACGGCAGUUCCCAGAAUGCCGAGGGAGACUCAGAUCUAGUGGACAACAGCGAGCGGGGCAGCUUGCAAUACGAUGAGUGCGACAGACCUGAAAGUGACUUCCCGGAGGGCCUGACCCUGGGCCAGAGCCUUGAAGAGGACCAGAAACGGCGCGAAGCCAUUGAGAAGUGGGUGAACGGCGAGUACGCUGAUGAUCCGCAGUCCUUAGGUGGGGGCGAGCACAGGGGACUCAAACCCAACAAUGGAGAUGAUAGUCCCCCUGAAGGCGUGUACAUGGUACAGCCUAAAGGCUGCAGCGAUGACGAAGACAACACAGAAGAAGCCGAGACCAUGCCCAGCUCCCACGAGGGCAGUUAUCAUGAGGACAGAGACUCGGAGGGCAGCCCGCACAAGGACGACAGCUACCAGCCCACCACUGAAGCCACACCCCCUCGCCAAGCCCCCUUCACCUCAACAGGAGAGGCCUCCGCACUACGUGAUUACGCUGCCAACACCAUGAAUGAGUUCUUACACAUGUUCGGCUAUGAUGACCAGCAGGCUCGGGAUGAGCUGGCCAAGAAGAUCAGCUUUGAAAAACUAAAAGCAGCUACCUCAGAUCCCUCCUCACUGAGCAGUGAGGAGGCCACCCGUCGAGCUCGCUUCUCCAAGUAUGAGGAGUACAUCCGCAAGCUGAAGGCCGGGGAGACCCUGCCCUGGCCUAUGCACACCAAGCCCGAAGAGCUCAACUCCAAAAUGGAGAAGAGCACUGCCCUCAUCCAGCCGGUCCUCACAGGGUCAGAGGGUCAGAUAUUUCCACCCAAAAUGGACCACAAACAAAGCUCACAUAACCCACCCCCAACCAACCCGUCACACAUCCAGAACCUGGCGUCCCGUGCGUCCAAGUACGAUUACUUCAUCCAGAAGCUAAAGAUGGGCGAGAGUCUCAGACAGCAGAAUGGCAAUUCCUACAAGCGGCCCUCCAAGUACGACUUGGAGAAUGUCAAGUUCCUGCACCUCUUUAAACCUGGAGAGGGCAACCCUGACAUGGGCGGCGCCAUCGCUUUUAAGACCGGCAAGGUUGGCAGGCCGGCAAAGUAUGAUAUUCGAAAUAUCCAGAAGCUCAUCCCCAAGAAGGUUGAUCCUCCGAUGAUGCCAAGCAUUCUACCAGCUACGGCAGGAACCCCAGUCAUAAAUACGGCUGCUCCCGCUGUGGUCGUGGGACCUCCCGGGUUGCCUGUAGACCAGGCGGGCCACCUUGGCUUUAACACUGACUACAUGAAGUCCAGCUUCUCCAAGACUGACUCCAUCACUACUGGAACCGUCUCAAACAUCUCGGCAGUUGAUGCGCGGGGAGGCAUGCAUUCAGAAUGCUCAGCCAAAACACUUAACAAUGACACAAAUAUGAUAUUUCUGUCUGAUUGUAGGUUCUCUGGGAGCCAACACUGUGGCCAUGUGCACUGUGCUUACCAGUACAGGGAGCAUUAUCACUGCAUGGACCCCGAAUGUAACUAUCAGAGAUUCACCAGUAAGCAGGAUGUGAUAAGGCAUUAUAACAUGCAUAAGAAGCGGGACAACUCCCUGCAGCAUGGAUUCAUGCGCUUCAGCCCUUUGGAUGACUGCAGUGUGUAUUACCAUGGCUGCCAUCUCAACGGCAAGAGUACCCACUACCACUGCAUGCAGGUGGGCUGCAACAAGGUGUACACAAGCACCUCUGAUGUCAUGACUCAUGAGAACUUCCAUAAGAAAAAUGCACAGCUGAUCAACGAUGGCUUCCAGAGGUUCCGCGCCACUGAGGAUUGUGGGACGGUCGAGUGCCAGUUCUAUGGGCAGAAGACCACCCACUUCCACUGCAGGCGCUCAGGCUGUACAUUCACCUUCAAGAACAAGUGUGACAUAGAGAAGCACAAGAGCUAUCACAUCAAAGAUGACGCGUACGCCAAGGACGGCUUCAAGAAGUUUUACAAAUACGAGGAGUGCAAGUAUGAAGGCUGUGUCUACAGCAAAGCCACCAACCAUUUCCAUUGCAUACGCCAAGGCUGCGGCUUCACCUUUACCUCCACCAGCCAGAUGACCUCACAUAAGCGCAAACACGAGCGCCGCCACAUUCGCUCCUCAGGCGUGCUGGGCCUCAAUUCCUCCUUCCUGUUGCCCAAAGAGGAGCAGGAUGAGUCCAGCAAUGAUGACCUCAUGGACUACUCAGCCAUUAGCAGCAAGAACUCCAGCUUAAGUGCUUCUCCAACGACCCAGCAGUCCUCCACUGUACCACACAUGCUGCCCACUCCCACCACCACCACCAUGUCCUCCAGCCACAGCGUCAAGCCCACCGCCGCUCUGCCUUCAGCCAGCCGCAUUUCCACCCUGCUGUCCCAGGCUCUGCCCAGCAACAUGCCCAUGGCCCUAGCACUUUCCAGCAGUGCGCUGGCAGGUGCUUCCAACCCCUUCUUCCCCCUCAUUCCCAGAAUGCCCAUGUCGCUCACGCCGUCUACCGCCGGUCUGAUCUCUGCGGCUACCUCCGGAGGUCACUCCAUGCCCAGCGAUUCUCUACCCCAGACCUCCACCCCGACUGGGGACCCAGCCGCUGCUACUGUAGCUUCCACUCCGACUUCUUUUGCUGCAUCAUCCAUUAUGGAGAAGAUGUCGGCCAGCAAGGGUCUGAUAUCGCCCAUGAUGGCCCGACUGGCAGCCGCUGCCCUGAAGCCCUCCAGUAACCCGGAUGCAGGGAUGUGGCAGCCGGCUCAGGCAGGCCGGUUUAAUCUGGUCGAGGUGAAGCAGGAGCCAGCCGACGGUGCCUCCGUGGCUUCCCAAGAGACUGUCCAGGAGCACAGCCUGGACCUGAGCAAGAAAGACCACAGCUCUGAAUCAAACGGACACCCUGCACUGGGAAAUACAUCUCUUUUAUCCUCACUUAUGAAUAAGAUGAAUCCUGGUUUCUUCAGUGCUUUGGAUCUGAAGUCAGAGCUGGAGGGAGCUCAGGCGGCAAACGGCUCAGACGCAGCUCAGUAUCUCAGUAGGGUAAUGAAGAGGUCAGACCCAGAGAAACACACUGAGCAGUGGAGGAUCUACCUGCGCAGGUUUGACACUGACGAUUUCUGUGAAGGCCAGUGUGAUUUCUUGCACAAGAUACAUUUUCAUUGCCUGGUGGAGGAUUGUGGGGCGCUUUUCAGCACAGUGGAUGGAGCCAUCAAACACGCCAACUUCCACUUCAGAGCCAACCUGAAGGUUAAAUCAGAGCCCCCUUUCAAUGAGAACAAGGAAUCCAAUGAUAGCGCCCUUAAUCAAAUGGCUGCCCCCAUUUCCAUGGCCAAGACGCCUCCCAUGGAGGUGCCCAGCCUGGCUGUGUCAGGGGGCUACAGCUCUUCUCUCCAAGCCUGGAAGCAGCUGGCCGGAUCGAUCCCCCAACUUCCCGCCUCCAUGCCCAGUAUGCCAGCCACUUCCCCUCUGGCCACCACCUCGCUGGAAAACGCCAAGCCUCAGGUCAAGCCUGGCUUCCUGCAGUUUCAGGAGAAUGAUCCUUGUCUGGCCACAGACUGCAAAUACUCGAAUAAGUUCCAUUUCCACUGUCUGUUUGGAAAUUGCAAAUAUGUGUGUAAGACAUCUGGGAAGGCUGAAUCACAUUGCCUGGACCACAUUAACCCCAACAACCACCUGGUGAAUGUGCGAGACCAGUUCUCCUACUAUUCUCUGCAGUGUCUUUGUCCUAACCAGCACUGUGAGUUUCGCAUGAGGGGUCAUUAUCAUUGUCUGAGACCCGGCUGUUUCUUUGUCACCAACAUCACCACCAAACUGCCCUGGCACGUCAAGAAGCACGAGAAAGCUGAAAGACGUGCCGCUAAUGGCUUCAAAUACUUCACCAAAAGAGAAGCAUGUUGCAGACCAGCCUCGAUCAUCAUCACAAGCAGGCAGAUUAAAAGGUGCAAAUACAACCAAGUUAACAGCCACUUCCAUUGUAUCCGUGAGGGCUGUCAGUUCUCUUUCCUGCUCAAGCACCAGAUGACCUCCCAUGCCCGCAAACACAUGAGGAGGAUGCUGGGUAAAAACUUCGACAGAGUUCCUUCCCAGGGGGUCUCUCAUGCCAGCCGACCUGAAGAGAUGCAGCACAUGGCCAGUCUAGCUUCAUCCGGUGGGGUAGGCAGCCACCCUAAUCUGACCCCCAACUUUUCCAGCAUGAUGGAGGAAGAUGAUGACUACAUGGACUACACUGUUGGAGGAAGCCCACUGGGUCUCUCCUCAGAGUCCUCAAACCAAGACCGCAGUUGCACCAGCACCCCCGUGGGCAACGAUAGUUCGCCAGCAGGACCAGGCUGUCAUUUCCUUGCCACCACUACCUAUGCUGACUCUCCUCCUUCUUCUCAAUCUGCACCUCCUCCUCCUCCACCACCACCUCCUCUUCCACCUCCUCAUCAGUCUGCGCUCCAGAGUCAGCCUCCAUCUCUCUCCUCAGCUCUUCUCCGGCCGCCACUCCCCUCGCUCCCAUAUCUCCUUUCCCCAUCCUGUCUGUCAUACUCUCUGCUCAGCGCCUCUCUCGGAGCCACUAGGAGUGUUGUCAUGCCAACCAACACACCAGCUUUCAGCCCCAUCAUUCCUACUUCGUCUUCGGUUAAAAAUGACGUCCCAAUAGUGCAGGACGCUGCAGGUAACACCAUCUCUAUUCCCACGGCAACUGGCGCCAAGAAACGUUUCUGGAUCAUCGAGGACAUGUCACCCUUCGGCAAGCGCCGCAAGACUGCUUCCUCUCGCAAGAUGCUAGAUGAAGGCAUGAUGCUGGAAGGGUUCCGCCGCUAUGACCUCUAUGAGGACUGCAAGGAUACGACCUGUCAGUUCUCCCUGAAGGUAACCCACUAUCACUGCACACGGGAGAACUGCGGCUACAAGUUCUGCGGCCGCACCCACAUGUACAAGCACGCCCAGCACCACGACCGCGUGGACAACCUGGUCCUGAAUGACUUCAAGCGCUUCAAGUCUUCAUUGUGCUGCAACUUCCCUGACUGCCAGUUCUCCGGCAACAGCACCCACUUCCACUGUCUGCGCUGUGGCUUCCGCUGCACAGACAGCACCAAGGUGACGGCGCACCGCAAGCACCACGGCAAGCAGGACGUGAUCAGCGCUGCCGGAUUCUGUCAGUUCAGCUCCAGCGUGGACUGCGAGGUGGCAGACUGCAAGUACAAGCUCAAGUGUUCACAUUUCCACUGCACUUACCCAGAGUGCAAGCACACGGUGGUGGGCAUGUCACAGAUGGAUUCCCAUAAGCGCAAGCAUGAGAAGCAGGAGAGGGGAGAGCUGCCUUCAGUCUCCCCCAACCAGGAUGGCAACCACCACCACCACCACCACCAUGCAGGCCUAACCGUACCCCCAAUGCCUAGGAAUAUGCCCCCAACAUUAUCCGGCACACCGGGGCUGACCCACAACAAUAUGGCCAUAUACCUCCCUUCGGCAGGGGCCGCCAGUGAGUACGAGCAUCCGGGCUCAGCAGUCAACCUCGACAGCUCUCUGAACCUUGGGACGGACACCAACAGCUCCUUGUUUUUCCUGAAAAAUGCUGCUGGGUUGGGCCUCAGUGACUCCUUGGACCUGAGCAAAAAGAUGCACCGGGAGCCCCAGUCCCUGGCCACUAGUUCUGGCACUGCUGCUUCAAUGGGCCUGAGCAACCCUCAGGACGACAAUACCGGCACAUCUGGCGAUCUCGAAGACGACCUAUCACCCGAGGAAGAGCCGAUUGCUGAGGAGGAUGAUGAUGAAGAAGAUGAUGAAGAGGAAGACAUGAAUACAGACUCAUAUGAAGAUUCCAUGCCAGAGCCAGAAGUAGACAAAGACAAUGGAGAGAGUUUUGAUGCUUCCAUGAACCACACCGAGACUUCCCAACUAGAUAAAGAGGAGCCGGAGGCUGAGCCCUAAUCUAUGCUGUAGAAGGAGAACUAUGAAUUCCCUGAACAAACGCAAGUUUGAGUGGCCUCAUUUAUCAUGCUUAGAGACGCAGCAGAUGACAAGAAAACAACCAACUACAAGAAAAGUGAAGGCCCAAAAUGAUUUAUUAUGAUGUUUACACGAUGACCAACAUUAUUAAUUUAAUUAUGCAUUAAAAAAUGAACCGAGAAAUAGACAGACGAGGCCCUCUUUUACACAUGGGUGGCUAUGUAAACCUUUUCCUACACAUCAGUCUUUUGUGUGUGUGCAUGUUUGACUUUAAUUUAUUUGAUUUCAUUUGUUACUUUUUGUGUGUGGAAAAAAAGGAAAAAACAAUCUCUCUAUAGAUGACUAUCUAUAUAAAGUAGAUGUGUGUGGAUGUUAAUGUAUGUUUUAAUUGCAGUCACUGGAUUGCAGGACCCUCGUACCCACCCGAAAGCGACGAAAAGCGUACAUUGCAGGAAAUCUUUUAUAAAGAAUGUUGCUCAGAUAAUUGAUUCAGAAACACCUUGUGUCAUUAUUAUUAUUAUUAAUAAUAUUAUUGGAGUGCAGGGGCCUGCAUCAGUGCUUUGACUUGUAUGCUUCUCCGUUGAUCAGUUGUUUAUUAUUAUUAUUAUAUUAUUAUUAUUUAGAGUUCUCACAGUUCUCACUUAAACCUGCUGUCAUGGUCAGUGGUGUCAUAGGCUCCAUUCCAUGUGGAUAUUCGCCUGCAUCUUCAGGACAAACAAACAGUGACCAGUGACUGCAUAGCUUCCGGCCAUAAAGCAUUGAUCUCAGUGAACGCUAGCCCUCACUUGAUUUCUCUUCCUUCUCCUUUUCUCAGUGAGGACCCAUUUGGCAUUGCAUAUUCAUAGUGCACUUUUGUAUAGAUGAGAGCUGAUACUCAAGCCUCUAUUUAAGACGUUUUGUUAUCUUUUACAUUGAUUGCAUUACUAUGGCUUUUUGUUUGUUUGUUUGUUUUUGCAUUAUUCUCUAAUUGCACAGGCAUGAGCAGAUGAUGUGGUGGUGUCUCACCGUAAAUGGGUCUGUUUCAAUGGCGAGAGUAUUCGCCCCCUUUGUUUCGGAGAGUUUGUAAUGUGAUGAUGGUGCUACUGCCCAGUAUGAAUGGGAGGAGAUUACAGUUAUGUCUUUGUUUUGAUCCACAAAUAGAUGUCCUAAAGUGUCCAUCAAACACAGAGCAGGAGACAAUGUCUCUGAAUGUAGGGAAAAAAUGUUUGUAGGUGUUAUUCUUCUUUCCUUUUCCCUUCACAGUUUCUGUAGCAUGGAAAAAAACAAUAGUGGCAACAAAGUCUGAGGAUGGAGACUGUUUUUUUCAAGCUUCUUUUUUCAGAAGCAUCAAAUACCUGUUUCUAAAAGAAGAGGAAACAAGGAGAGACCUUUUUUCUAGAGGGCUGAAUGGAGGACAGGCAUCACAUGAUGGAAAGUGUGUGAUUUUAUGAAUUGUACAGACAGAAAACAUUGUUUCAAGCUUUUGUUUUCUUUAUACAACAGCUGUGGUUUCACUCCAAUAAUAAUAAGAAGUUAUUUAAUAUUUAUGUGACCUUGCAAUGAGGAAAUUCUAGGGUGUUUUUUGCACUUUUUAGGUUCAUUUUUACCUUUUGAAAUUAUGGCAUACAUCUUUUAACAGGGAAUUUGCUUUACAGUGUGGUUUAGCUCACUUUGCUUUGAUGCACAAAUAGUCUUCAGUGUGACGAAGAACUGUUGCUCUGUGUUUUAUUUAAGAAAAAAAAAA